AUGGCAUCCUCUCUCUCAUCGUCAUCAUCAAAACGUAGAAAUCUAUUUAAUUUUGCUCAAAGUCGUACAGUGAUCAAUGAUGAUCAAGAAAAUCUUUUGCAUCGUGCAAUCCCGAAACAUAAUUUAGCAAGUUGGCUACGUGAUCGAGAACUUGGCUAUACAAAAUCCCGAAUAAAUCUUUUUAUUGCACGUCGUACAAAUGUUUAUCGUGCUAUUCAUCCGUCUUAUUCAAUUUUAAUGUGCACAGUACCACAAGCUGUAUACAUUAGAAGAUUUUCACCGAAUGGACAAUAUUUACUGGCAUUUUCACAUGAUCUUGAGUCUUUAAUCGUAUAUAAAUACAAGGGCUUUGAACGUAUCUAUCCUAAUCUUGUUCAAUGUUCUCCAUCAACGAAUUAUACACGUUUAGAUGAAAAUGGUGAUAAUGUUCGACAAAUUUUAUCUGAUUCAAUUAAUUGUGAAAAAUUACGUGACCAAGCAUUCAAUAAGAUCUUUGAACAUCAUGUUACCAUACAAAUACGUUCAUCAUCAGUGGGCUAUUCGUUAAAUCGUAAUCAUAUAUAUUGCCUUUUUUCGACUGAUCAAUAUGCUAUAAUAUGUGCAUCAAAAUUAGUCAACGAACAACAACAUCCACCCUAUAAUCAAUUGGUUCAAUCAAAUGAAGAUCUUAAUCCAUUAUCGAGAUUUUAUUUUGAACAUUUUCUCAUAUUUCUUAUCGAUUAUUCUCGUGGCAUUAUAUGUCAACAGCUUGAAUUUCAAUUUGAUCGUAUUGGUUUAACAAUAUAUAACUCAACAUUAGCUAUACUAUCAAUUCAACAUCAAAAAUUACAUUUAUAUCACAUUGAUGAAAAAAAUGGCAAACUUAUCGAAUUGUUAACUGUAGGGAAAUUCGCACAAACAAAAGAAGAAUUUUUAUAUAAAUAUAGUUUACCAAAAAAUUUAUUAGCCAUGUCACCACGUUUAUUAAAUAAGAAAAAUUUUAAACGAAAUUCAGCAUCAAUGUUUGAUAAAUGGGAAGAAAAUGAUAAUAGUGCUCAAGGAAGAAAACGCAUUCGUGAUCAAUUUAGGGAAAAUCAGAGCAGUGAUUCGCCAUCAUCACGUUUGUUAUCACAUAAUGGAACUUCAUUUGUUCGAGAAGAACUCCAUCGACCAUUUACUCCACCUCCAAUAAGAAUUUCACAAAACAACAGUAAUAGUGAUAAUAAUAAUGAAGAAACACGAAAUAAUUUUAAUCCCAAUAGGGACACUAAUGAUUUGGCUUCAAAUUUAGCUCAGUCAAUAUUUCAACGUGAAAAUCGACCUAUUAGAAGUGAUUUUCUUACUUGUCCAGCGAGUACGACAUCAUCAGAAAAUGAUCAUGAUAUGUCCGCCGUGGCUGACGAUGAUGAUAAUAAUGAUGAUGAUGAAGAUGAUACUGGUCAACCUAGGAAUCUAACUCGCAUAGCAUAUUCAACAGAUCGAACAAUAAAUGAUUCAAAUGAUGAUUAUUGGUCCGUAGUACAAAAUCAAAUAUUAUUACCCAUGAAUGAUAAACAAUUAUGUACAUUAAAACAACGCUUGUUAACAUAUUUAUAUAAACGUGCCAAACAAAGUAAUAAACAAUUGCGUUUUAUUCAUUCAUUUAACGAUUAUCUAGCAAGUAAAUUCUAUAAAGUACAAUUUCUAACAAAUAAUAUUAUCCUACUUAAAUUUGCACAUGAAACAAUUGUCAAUAAACGACAACAAGAACAGCAAAUGCAUUAUGCUUUAUUUGUUGUUUAUGAUAUUCAAACAUCAACAAUAUUAAAUAUAUAUGAUGAUUCAUCAAUUGAAUUAGCUAAUAUAUUUGAAAAAUAUAAUGAUGAUUUUCGUUACUCAUCAUCUUACGGUUUAAUUAAUUAUGAAGAUCUCGAAUUUUUUCCUUUAUCAACUUAUGCUGGUCGUCGUCAAUUUGAGCAUAUGUAUUAUAAUCAAGCAUCGACCGGUGAGUCUGAUUCAAUAAAACGUUUACUUAUGCAAUUACCACUACGCACAAUAACACAUACGAUAUCUCCUUAUCUUGAUUUAAAUUUAUAUUCAUAUGAUGAUAAAAUUGUUCAUAUUGAUGAUAUGAUAAAAACAUGCCCAAAUAAUCCUGUAAGAUUUUUUUCACGUGAUUGUCAAAGAAUGAAAUUUCAAUUAACAUUAACAAAUCGUUCAAUUAUUUUGCCACAAUUUAUAACAAACGACAAUCCAACAUCAACAUUAACAGCAACUACAACAACAACAACAACAACAACAAUUAUAACACCGACAAUAACAAAUCACAACAAUAACCCAACAGCAACAACAACAACAACAACAACAGCCAAUCCAUUAUUUAUUCCAAAUACUUUAUCUACUAAUCGUCGUACUACAUUGGCUACACUUUGGCAUCCCAUAGAACCGUUUUGUAUAACGAUACAACGGUGGCCAAGAGAUCUUGAUAAUAUACAUAAUUUUCAUUUAUAUCGGCCACCAAAUUUGAGAUAA